CAUUCUGUUCUGCUUGAUGGGAAGGGUAUAUCUUCCUGUCGGGAAUCAUCUCUUGCUACGUUCACAGCGGGGAGAACUGUCCAGCCUUCGAGAAAUGGUCAUCUUGAUUCUGGCCCACAUAUUUGGCCUAACGACUCUCCACAUCCGGUGUCGAUCUGAUACCACACCCGAAACGUUGUUAUCGCAAGUGCUGAACUUUUCGCCAUCAGAUGAUCCAGUUGGGGAGAUGUCAAAUCCUUCGAGGAAAGGCAGUGUCAGUGUUUCGCGAGCUUCUUCAAGCAACGGCCGUCGACAGCAAAGUGCGCUCACCCGACCGCUCACAAAUCAUGUUCGAUCCCAUUCGACAGGCUUGACUUCCCGAGGAGCAAGCUCCGUCGGUCCAUUGCCUCAAGCUAUCGUGGUCAGCUCUCUUGGCAGAUCUAGCUAUGAUACUCAGGAUUGCUUGUGGAACAUUCUAAGAACUCGGUGUUGUUCACAUAAUGGGACGAUACACCGCCUCCCGGAAGAGUUGCUCGUCGUCCUUCUCAGUGACAUCGGUGAUGGGCGAGAGUUGCCUCAUAUCAUUCCAUGCCUGGUUGAUCAGUUUUCUUUUAGCUCAUAUGUUGACAUCACCAGCGACGUUCCCAAUCCCUCCUCUUCCCCGGGCACACCUCUCAUACCCGCCUUCUAUCUCCACCGAGUGAAGCAUCAUCCACUGCCUGUGAUAAAUCCCUUCUUGAACAACUACCUGAGUUGUCUCCUAACGGCAACGACUCAACACCCCCUUCUACAUUCACUCCUAAUGAGCAACCGAGCGUGCGCCGCUUUCAGACACUUCGCUGCGGUUUCGACAGCUUUGUUCUGCAAUGAAGACGGACGCGCCCAGACGCAGCAUGUAACUGAAGAGGACGUUGCUCGCGUAUAUGCACAUGUGGUAGGUCAUCGCGUAGGCAUACGUAACGUCGGAGAAGGCGUGCUUAGUAUACUGGAUCGUUCCCUUGCCUCUUCAUCCAACGGGGAGGGUAGAGAGUGGAAAUCCGGCAUGAAGCGGGGGGAGACAGUACCGCAGAUCAUGAAGGAUAUCCUCAGCCUCGUUUGAUGCAAAGGAGGCGCAAUCACUCUGAACCAUGG